UAGUGAAAUAAUAAAUAUUACAUGAAACAAGAAGAAAAAGAAAUUCUGAAACCUAGGUUUAUGUUCUUUUGAGACAUGUACAUAGAUUGUAGAUCACUUGGCGGUUACGAAUAAGGAUGAUUGCAUAUAGGAUUCCCCAUGAGAUGAAAAUAAUGAUAGCACCUGUGUGGGAAACAUAGCUGAUUUCCAUUACUGAUAUUGCGGUUGGUAAGAUAAGUAUGCAUAAGAUUAUUGUAAAAAUGCUUUUGUUAACAGAGAGGUCUAGAGUAAACAGUAGUAUAAAUAUUUGAGUGAUUAAAGACCCAGGAACGAACAACACAAUUUUAUACCAUUCAGGUAAAUGUUCUUCUCUAUCACUCAGCGUAGGGGUGAGCAGCUCAGUCACACAUAAUAACAUUGACAUUAUCACUAUAGACCCAAUCGUCGCUUUGUCAUGUUCUUCCAUCUUAAUCCUCACUUGGUCUGCUUCAUGUUCUUCCAUCUUAAUCAUCACUUUGUCUGCUUCAUGUUCUUCCAUCUUAAUCCCUUGAUCAUCUCCUCCGCUUUUGUCAUUACAUUCUUCUUCAAUCACAAUCACUUGAGUUUCUCUAUAAAUAUAAGAGACGUGUAUGCUCCUACAAACAUUUUUCAAACAUUUAGAUUAAAACAAGAGUAUGCUAUGUAUGAGGGUAAAAUCAAUAAUACUACCUUGAAUUGGAGCUCUUACAUUCUUCCUUCAUAAUAACUUGAACUUCCAUUUUUUUGGUCAGAUAGAUCUCUAAUGUACCACUUUUUUAUACUUAAAAUGUAGUGUGCGAUCUCUAAGGUGGUAUAUGAUGACAAGGACUUCAAACCACAUGAAAGUUAGUUAUUCAUUGACAUUCAAACAAGGAAUGAGUGUGCUUUUUUUACUCAAACAUUACAUCUUUUAAUCAAAUAUUCACCAAACGUGUGGUAUCUUUUUUUGCUGUCCACAAGAUAAAUUUGUUACCAUUUUUUUAGGGAAUUUGUUACCAUUUUCUUUUCAAAAUAAAUUGUCACCCUUUACUUUUUUUUUUAAGCAUUAGUUUAUUAAAUAUGUUAUAGAGAGAUAAUGUUUGAAACUUUUAAAGCACAUGCACAUAUUUAAAAUAGUUUCAGUGUCCUCUAAUAAAAUGUUAUAAACAGUUAUUUUAAUUUUAUUCGGUGAUUUGGCAUAAUAUAUGUCUGUUGAUUGAAUAUUAGGUUUUAAUUAUUUCACUCACAAUAUGCAUCUUCUUUUUUCUUUUUAAUGUAAUAUAAUUAAGAAAAUUUCUUUAGCCACCUCACUAUGGGGGAUCACCCCCAGCGAAAAUUCCAAAAUACCCCUGCUUCGGAAGUUCAUUUCCGAAAGCGUCUUUUUUUGAAAAAAUUGACUUAUUUCGGAAGUUCAUUUCCAAAAACAUUAUUUCGGAAGUUCACUUCCGAAAUACUGCGAUUUCUGCAGAUUUAUCAAAACACUCCCCCUCCCCCAAUCAUUUAUCCUAAAUCAAAACAAAAAGUGGCAAAGGCGAAAAUUUGUGCAAACAGAAUUCCAAAGCUGCAUCAAGGCUCCAAUCACACUGCUAAACAACAUUCAAAAGCCCUCAAUCCUAACACUUUGAACAUGUCAGACAAUCAACCAGCACGCAGGACUGCGUCUUCUAGAGAGGGAAUGGGUGGCGCUAAGGGAAGAAAGGGUUCUUCAAAGAAGGAGGUGAAGGAGGUGAAGGAGGUGAAGGAGAAGAAGAAGGUUUUGACUGGUUCUGCUUCUCGUCCCCUGGGGGUCCAUGGCUCGGACGUGCAGACUCAGUCUUCAGGCGUGAUCAACGCUGAUGGUUCUGAUACUGAGUGGGAUGAGGAUUGGUAUAAUUAUCUUCAUUCGGAGGAGUUCGCUCGUCGGGAAGAAUAACGUGUUUUUAUUUUGUUUGAUGUGUAUUUUGUAACGCUCGUCGGGCAGAAUAACGUGUUUUUGUUUUGUUUGACGUGUUUUGUUUUGUUUUGUUCUGAUUUCGGAUUGUAUCGCACAGUGUUUUUGUAUUGGAUUUAUCAUCUUAGUUUUUGGAUU